CUCAUCCUCGCCACCACUACAACGACGUCUUCGGCACCAGAAACUUGCGCCCAUUCCAGACCCAUAGAUGCCUGCUCUUGUCCUUCUACCUGCUUCUCCAUCCGAUCUAGAAGCCGUCGCUCGAGUUCAGUUCGCUGCGUGUGCUUCAGACCCAGGGUUUUCCACCGUCUUUCCAAAUGGCCCAACUCUUUCCUGCCUCACUCACCUGGUCCGGUCAUACGAGAACGAGAUGGACAAUGACCUCACAGCCCAUCUCAUGAUCGUCAAAGAAGCCAUGGAGGGCGAGGUAAUCAGCUUCGCCGUCUGGCACUUUUGCCCACCCAUCACCCCGAACCAGGAGGAUUCUGACCUCCAGCAUGGCGACUUUCUAUUUCCCAAUGACGCCAACAAAGACGCCGGCUCUAAGAUUAUGCAAAAUAGCCAAAAGAAACGGCAAGAAGUUGUGGCCAAUCAUAUCGGUCAUGGUCGUCCGUAUGCUUAUCUUGCCGCUCUUGGUACCACACAGAAAUACCAAAACCACGGCGCCGCCAAAAAGCUCCUCGACUGGGGCUUAGAGCGAGCCGACGAUAGGGCAAUGCCUGUCUACGUCGAGGCAACUCCUGUUGCUCAGAAACUCUACCAGAAAUAUGGAUUUCAGGAAGUAGAUACCUUGCCCUUGGAGCUUGCGCCCUGGGGCAAAGGUAAUCAGUCCAAUCUGUGCAUGAUACGAGAAUCUAAGUAUUGAGCCUCUUCUCAUGCAGCUGCGCCAGAUCUCAACAUUUCCGGUCUUCUUCCCUGACCAAGACUCUUAGCAUCCACCCCAAUGUGGCCCUCGAUGGUGAGAGAGAGGGAUUUAAGACCAUUGGUCUGGAGCUAGGCUUCAGGCUGAGAUGGUUCGACACCGAUGACAGGCCCUACGAGUACACUGGCCGCAUCAUCCAAACUCCUAAUCCUGGCUCCUUUUACGCCAGAGUUACCUCUGACCCACGUGGAGCCGUGAUCCGCCAGGCAAGCAGGAACAGCGUAGAAGAGGAGACUGACAAGCGAAAGGAAGGAAGGAUAUCGUUCUCAGCCUUCUGCUUGCUCCUCUGUCCGGACCAGAUGAGGCUUUGACCCGAUUUCGACCUGACAAUGGUAGUCCCUUUCUUUAUAGGCUGCCCUUUACGAGGACCAGUGUCAGUGGUGAUGCUGUGAAUGUGGAAAUAGGAUCCAGAUUAUGUUGGACUUGUCCUAGGAUUGCUGAUCAUAUAGCUAGCCGAUACUUGCAACAGAGAAACGUCUCAUCCUCUGAGAACCUCCCAUCUAUGUUCAUGAUGAUAGCU